CCUCUUAAGUAGUCACUCCCUCUCUUGCAUGACUCUAGAAAAUCCAAAAGAGAGGAAUUGGGUAUGUUCUACACUACAUAUUCUUCUUGUUCACAAUCCUCAAUUGGGUUCUCUUCUUUUUUCUUCUCUUCACUCUUCUCUCUUUCCUCAACCUUGAAAACCAGAAUAAUGGAAAGCAAAAGCUGUGUGUAGGGAGGGAUAGAGGUGAUAGGGACAUUUUAAUAUAGUGGAAUAUUAUUGAAUCUGCAAAAGGGCAACAUCUUUUUGGAGGGAUAAUGGAAUUGACAGAGCUUUCCUUGGCUCCAUCACAGUUGAAUAACUCAUCUUCAGAAUCUGAAAAUAACUUUGCCAGUUCCAGCAGUAGCAGCAGGAAGAGGAAGUUCUUCUCAGAUCAUCACCUGCUCAGGAGCGCUGUACCACCAUUCCAGACAAGUAUUGUUGAUCUUCAUGUUAAGGACCCUCUCCCUCCGGAUUGGGAGCAAUGCCUUGAUCUUGAGUCAGGCAAAAUGUAUUAUCUGAACAGGAAGACCUUAAGAAAGAGUUGGAACUGGCCCAACGUGGAUCAAAAGCUUGACCUUGAACUCAACAUUUCACCACUCUCUGAUUGUCCUGAUCAUCAUCAGCAAUGCAGAAGAUCUAAUUAUAUUAAUAGUUCGUCACUUGAAGAAUACUCGAAGAAGCUCCAAGCCUCUUCAAGCUGCAGCAACAAUAAUAUGGUAGCAUUGGCUUGCUUGAAUUGUCAUCUUCUUGUCAUACUCUCAAGAUCCUCUCCUUCUUGCCCCAACUGCAAGUAUGUCCAUUCCCUUCCUACCCCUCAAACUCCACAGCCCAAAAUCUCUCCUACGAAGUCCCUCAACACCUUGAGCCUCUUGAACUAGACAUGCAUGAGAUAGAAAAUGGAGAGGUAAAAGAAGGGGAUAUGGAAAAGAUGAUGAAUAUAUAUGAUCUUGAUCACCCUGCUAAUUAAGCUAUUAUGCUAUAUUGAUCCUUUUUUGAUGAUAUGUGAUGAUCAAAAAGCAUAAAUAGAGAAUCUAUGGAAAGCUUUUCCUGUGAUUUA